CGGCGCAGUGACGUCACUCGCAGGGCUUUUCACAAACUUGCCUUCGCUACGUCACCGGCUGGACAACUGGCUCAAAUACAGUUCGGUCUGCAGCGCAUGGAGCCGUUAGAAGCAGGACCAUGCGAACCAAAGCCCAAAGCCUGCGUCCGUCGCGCGUUCGCCCCUGAAGCGCCAUCUUUUCGCGCGUGAGGAAGCAUGAAGCGCAAGAGCGAGCGACGGAGCGAGUCGAGGAAGAGGCUCUGCGCGUCUCUGAGGGACCAGACCGAGUCAAAGAGCGAGAUUUACCUUCGUAUCACAGAUCAGCUGUAUUUCGCUCUUCUUCAUCAGAAGGUGAAGAGCACUCCUGACAGACACUGUUUCUGCAUCGAUGAAGAGCUGUCCUAUGAGAACUUCUAUGCGGACUUCGGCCCGCUCAACCUGGCCAUGUUUUAUCGCUUCUGUUGCAAACUCAACAAAAAGCUGAAGUCUUGUGCUCUUGCGAAGAAGACGAUAGUGUUUUAUACCUGCGGUGACAGAAAGAAACAAGCCAAUGCUGCAUAUUUGAUCGGCUCUUAUGCUGUGAUGCAUCUACAGAAAACGCCAGAAGAAGCAUACAGCCUUCUAGUCUCUCAAAAUGCGUCUUAUCUUCCCAACAGAGAUGCCUCUUUUGGAACCUGCAUGUACAAUCUGAAUAUUCUCGACUGUCUGCUGGCUGUUCACAAGGCUCUGCAUUUCGGCUGGCUGGACUUCUCAAAGUUUAACGUGGAGGAGUAUGAACACUAUGAGCGGGCAGAAAAUGGAGAUUUCAACUGGAUCAUUCCAGGGAAGUUUUUGGCUUUCAGCGGCCCUCAUCCAAAGAGCAAAAUUGAGAAUGGAUACCCCCUUCAUGCCCCUGAAGCGUAUUUCCCCUACUUCAGGAAGCACAACAUCACCACCAUCAUCCGGCUCAACAAGAAAAUGUACGACGCCAAGCGUUUCACAGACAUGGGCUUCAAACACCACGACCUGUUCUUCGUGGACGGCAGCACCCCCAACGACGCCAUCGUCACCAAGUUCCUGAACAUCUGCGAGAAUGCUGACGGGGGCAUUGCUGUCCACUGCAAAGCCGGUCUGGGCCGAACGGGGACGCUGAUCGGCUGCUAUAUGAUGAAGCACUUCAGACUGACUGCAGCCGAAGCCAUCGCCUGGAUCAGGAUCUGCAGACCCGGCUCAAUCAUCGGACCUCAGCAGAACUUCAUCGACGAGAAGCAGACGAGUCUGUGGGCCGAAGGUGAUUCGUUCCGGCAGAAAAUAAACGAGCAGGAGAACGGCUCGAGUAAAACGGCGGUGGCCGGAAUCCUGUCCGGAGUGGGAGAUAUUUCCAUUAAUGGCACGAACAAGAACAUUUCGCAGAGGAAAACGGCUUCGGACGCGCGCGCUGAGGAAGAGGAAGAGGAGUGCGGAGGACUCACGCAAGGAGACAAACUGAGAGCUCUGAAGAGUAAGAGGCAGUCCAGAGCGUCCACGGGGUCCAUAUCGUUAGAAGAAAAUACAAUUCACUCCAAAUCAACAUCAAGGUCAUUAAGCUCAGAUAAAAGGAAAAGGACUCGGGCGUCCCUUGGAUCCAUCAGGGCGACCAGCCCUUUACAUUCGAGGCUGGCUAAGUCUUUAGGCAGCUUGCGCGUAACGGCCUGUGAAAAGGAGCGCGUGUUUUCGGACGUUAGCGCUGGCUCAGUGGCCAAGGCCGAUCUCGUCAAGCGGUCGAGCUUAAAGCACUUAAGGCCGGUGAACGGUCAGCCGCAGAGAUCCCGCGCCGUUUCACUGCAGCUCUGCGGUCUGAGUUCCCUCGACUCAGUAAGUGCGACGCGGCCCUCGGGACCCGGGCUCUCCCGUCUUCAGCGCUUCUUCCUGCAUGAGUCCGUCAGGCGGAGCGGGGCGCCUCUCUCUUUGCUUGCUCGCUGUCUUCUGCUGAUGGAUGAUUCAUGCUAAACGACUCUUCACUGAUUCGCUCUCGGUCUGCGAGCAUGACUCCGAGCCGUUCACAGCUGGCUCUUAAACUUCAGAUCGGAAAGCUUCGGCGUACUCCAUUACCAUUUCUAAGUGGAUGCGUUUGAGCAAAAAUACGGGAUAAAUAACCUGAAAUGUUAUUACCUUAAAACCUCUGUUUUCUGUGUGAAUGUGUGUUAAAGUGCAUUUCUGUGUUUUUAUUUUUUUUUUUUAGCAUCAUUAAUCUGGUCUUCAGCGUCUUCAGAAAUCAUAAUAUU